UCCAGAUAUACUACUAAUGAUUAUUAAUACAUUCAUUUUUUUGUUUUGAUUACUACUGAUCUCAGAUAUAAACGAGUGUGAGACUGGAACGUAUCCAUGUGGCACCAAUGCAGUCUGUGGAAAUACAGUUGGAUCUUACACAUGUGCUUGCGAAGUUGGAUUUUCCGGAGAUGGACACACCUAUACAGCAUGUCAGUCUGAUGUCAAGUAUGGUUCUAACUGCACCAUGUCUUGUUUACAUCGGAACUGCGCCAACAGUAGUUCGACAUGUGAUGCAAAAACUGGAGUUUGUGAUGGAGGAUGUAAACAGGGAUGGCGACAAUCGGACUGUACCCAAGAUAUCAACGAGUGUACAGAAAAGAAACCAUGCGAUCAGAAUGCAAACUGCACUAACACAGCUGGGUCAUAUACAUGCACUUGCCAAACUGGAUAUUCUGGAGAUGGACACAAUUGUACAGAUGUGAACGAGUUUCUCCACGAGAAUUCAUGUGAUGUUAAUGCAAACUGCAACAACACAGAUGGAUCAUACAUAUGUACUUGCCGAAGUGGAUAUUCUGGAGAUGGAAAAAAUUGUACAGAUGUGAAUGAGUGUCUUGAACAGAAUUCAUGUGGUACGAAUGCUAACUGCUUCAACACACACGGAUCAUAUACAUGCGCUUGCCGAAGUGGCUUUUCCGGAGAUGGAAAAACGUGUUCAGAAAGUUAUGUAAGGAUCGCAAAUGUUCGCGUAGAAAUUCAUCCUGCAGCUCAUCGACUGGUACCUAUGAUAAAGGAUGUCAAGUUGGAUGGAAUGCAUCUGACUGUACACACG